UUUUUUUUUUUUUAAUGGAGCUCUUCGAAGCCUCUUCCUUGUAAUUUCAAGGAACUAUAAAAUGGGACUAUUAUUAAUUUCGUUUGACGAUGGGACUAUUAUUAAUUUCGUUUCGCAGAGGAAACUGGGGCACAGAGAGGUUAGAUAACUGGCCUAAAAUCACACAGCCAGUGCUCGAAUAAGCAGGAUCUGACCCCGCAGCGCCCCCCAGCGCUCUCCAUGCUGCCAGGUCUCCCCCUCCGAGAAACGAGCGGACAGGACUCCCUUUUACAAAAGGGCCAAGGGAGGCUGACUGAGCGGUGCAGAGCCACUGCUGGAGACCCGGGACUGUCCCUCAGGACCUUUCCCUCUCACUGAGGCGACUCUCACCUACUUCCCCGGAAAAUGUGGGGGGCACUGGGUAGAGAAACAAGAGGAAUUUGAGAAGGAACUGAGUCAGGGCGGGUGGCCACGGGGUGUUGCGGCCGCAAUGAAUAACCCGGAAAGCGCUCGAGACCGCGGGAGGCCUGGAAUGAGUAACAACUCCGGGAUACUCUGAACGCACAGCUGGAAGGCGAUGUCGGGGAAGGCCCAGAGGUCCGGACUAGGGACUGGGCUACAAUCUCAGGGAGGAGCCUGGGGCGGGGAGAGAGUGUCGGGGAGGAGCCAGAGGGCGGGGCUGGAACCUCAAGGAAGAGCUUGGGGAGAGGUUAUAGCCCCGAGGAUGAGCUAGGGGCGGGGCUAGAACCUCGAGGCGGGGCCAGAGGGCGGGGUUAUAACCUCGAGGAGUAACUAGAGGGCGGACUUAUAACCUCGGGGGAGGAGCUGGAAGGCGGGACUAGAAUCUUAAGGAAUAGGAUUAUAACAUCGGGGAGGAGCUAGAGGGCGGGGCUGGAACAUCAAGGAGGAGCUAGGGGCGGGGUUAUAAGCUUGGGGAGGACCUACGGGGCUGAGUUAGGACCUCAAGGGGCCAAGGGGCGGGGUUACGACCUCGGGGAGGAGUACAGGGUGGGGCUGAAACCUCAAGGAGGGACUGGGGUGGAGUUAUGACCUCAGGGAAGAACUAGCGGCGGGGAGAGCCUCGGGGAAAGCCAAAGGGCAAAAUUAGAACCACAAGGAGGAGCUAGAGGACAGGGCUAGAGCCUCGAGGAGGAGCUAGGCGCGGGGUUAUGGCAUCGGGGAGAAGCCAGGGGGCGAGAAGAUUAGGUCAGGAAGAGCUAGAGGGCGGGGCUAGAACCUCGAGGAGGUGUCUAGGGCGGGGCCAAAACCUAGUUGGGUAGCUGGAGGGCGGAGACAGAACUUCGCGGGAAACUAGAGUAUCUGACGAUAGAAACUCGGGAGGGCUGAUGGCCCGGGCUACAAUUUGGGAAUAAACUAGUGGGCGGGGAGAGGCUCUGGAGCCGGGUAGAACCAGGGGGAGUGAGUGGAGGGAUAGUUCCAUUAGGGCACUAGGAGUGGCGGUAUAACAUAAAGAUAGACAGGGGUGGGGCGAGGCUAGAACUCCCCUAGUGGAACUGGAGAGGCGUGAUCCACCGAGGGCCGGCGCGGUGAGAAGGGCCUAAUGGGAGCAGGAAUAGAACGUACUGAUAGACAGAGAGGGCGGGGAUAGGACUGUCAGGAUAUACGCCUCACGAGGACAGAAUGAAAGGAAAAACAGGCCAGGACAGGACUUUGGGAAAGGACUUGUGGGCAGGGAUAGAACGUUCAGUUAGGGGGAUGGAGGUAGAACGUGGACAAAGGACAGACUGGAAGUACCGCCGGCCGGAACCCAGCAGAACAUGGAACACGAAUCAGAAUGGACGGGGCCUAGAGACUUGGUCCUCUUGGGGCCUGCGGUGCAUGCAGUGUAAGAGCAACGGGGAUUGCCGGGUGGAAGAGUGCGCCCUAGGACAGGACCUCUGCAGGACCACGAUCGUGCGCAUGUGGGAAGAAGGGGAAGAGCUGGAGCUGGUGGAGAAAAGCUGUACCCACUCAGAGAAGACCAACAGGACCAUGAGCUAUCGGACUGGCUUGAAGAUCACCAGCCUUACCGAGGUUGUGUGUGGGUUAGACUUGUGCAACCAGGGCAACUCUGGCCGGGCUGUCACCGUUUCCCGAAGCCGUUACCUUGAAUGCAUUUCCUGUGGCUCAUCAGACAUGAGCUGUGAGAGGGGCCGGCACCAGAGCCUGCAAUGCCGCAGCCCUGAAGAACAGUGCCUGGAUGUGGUGACCCACUGGAUCCAGGAGGGUGAAGAAGGGCGUCCAAAGGAUGACCGCCACCUCCGAGGCUGUGGCUACCUUCCCAGCUGCCCAGGCUCCAGUGGUUUCCACAACAACGACACCUUCCACUUCCUGAAGUGUUGCAACACCACCAAAUGCAACGAGGGCCCAAUCCUGGAGCUUGAAAAUCUGCCACAGAAUGGCCACCAGUGUUACAGCUGCAAGGGGAACAGCACCCAUGGAUGCUCCUCUGAAGAGACUUUCCUCAUUGACUGCCGAGGCCCCAUGAAUCAAUGUCUGGUAGCCACCGGCACUUACGAACCGAAAAACCAAAGCUAUAUGGUAAGAGGCUGUGUAACUGCCUCAAUGUGCCAACGUGCCCACCUGGGUGACGCCUUCAGCAUGCACCACAUCAAUGUCUCCUGCUGUACUGAAAGUGGCUGUAACCACCCAGACCUGGAUAUCCAGUACCGCAAGGGGGCUGCUCCCCAGCCUGGCCCUGCCCAUCUCAGCCUCACCAUCACUCUGUUGAUGACUGCCAGACUGUGGGGAGGCACUCUCCUCUGGACCUAAACCUGAAACCCCCCUCUCUGCCCUGGCUGGAUCCAGGGGACCCCUUGCCCUUCCCUUGGCUCCAGCCCUACAGACUUGCUGUGUGACCUCAGGCCAGUGUGCUGACCUCUCUGAGCCUCAGUUUUGCCAGCUGUGAAAACACCUAUCACAAAGUUGUGUGAAGCAGAAGAGAAAAGCUGGAGGAAGGCCAUGGGCCAAUGGGAGAGCUCUUGUUAUUAUUAAUAUUGUUGCCGCUGUUGUGUUGUCGUUGUUAUUAAUUAAUAUUCAUAUUAUUUAUUUUAUACUUAAAUAAAGAUUUUGUACCAGUGAACAAG